AUGAAGCCUGGAGAAAUCUAUUUUGGAACUGUUGAGUUUGAAAUUCCUGGAAGACAGCCAAAUGAGGUGAAGAAGCCCAAGGGGCCUGGGCUCUGCCCUGGGGCAGACGGAAAGCCACCUGAGGGGACGCGAUUAGCCCAGGUGGAGUGUGGAGGGCAGUUCCUGAGGACGAUGCUCCCAGAAGCAGAAUUAGGAUUAGUGUCCUCCAUCCCUGCGGAAAGCGGGCAGGAAGGAGGUCUGGCAGUGACUGGCAUGGCUCGGGGCUUUAUGUUUGUAGAAGACUAUGAGCCCACCAAAGCUGACAGUUACAGGAAGAAGGUGGUCCUCGACGGAGAAGAGGUUCAGAUAGACAUUCUGGACACAGCUGGCCAGGAGGACUACGCGGCCAUCCGAGACAAUUACUUCCGCAGCGGAGAAGGCUUUCUGCUUGUGUUCUCCAUCACCGAGCACGAGUCCUUCACUGCCACAGCCGAGUUCAGGGAACAGAUCCUCCGAGUCAAGGCCGAGGAGGAUAAAAUACCCCUGUUGGUCGUGGGCAACAAGUCUGACCUGGAGGAGCGGAGGCAAGUGCCCGUGGACGAGGCCCGGGGCAAAGCUGAGGAGUGGGGUGUGCAGUAUGUGGAGACAUCAGCCAAGACCCGUGCCAAUGUGGACAAGGUAUUCUUUGAUCUGAUGAGAGAAAUCCGAGCAAAGAAGAUGUCGGAGAACAAGGACAAGAACGGCAGGAAGAGCAGCAAGAGCAAGAAGAGUUUCAAAGAGCGAUGCUGCUUGCUGUGAGCUGGGCGCCCGCGGCGGAGCGCAGAGUGGACCGCGCUGCACGCCAGAGGCUGUCCCCAGUCUGGCUUCCUCCAGUUUGGCUUCGCUCUCCACAGCCGCAUUCACGGUCACUUCUUUAAAUGGGACAGAUAUCUGUGCAUCGGUGGCUGACAGAAGAAAGGCACCUUUGUGUGGUAGAUCUGUUAACGUCAGCAGGAGCUCCGAGGACCUGCCCCCCUCCCCCAACCAUGACAGCCACCAUCUCUAGGGACAUAGUGCUGGAGAUUCCAGACAGCUGAGUUGGGAUGACGAGGAAGCAUACUGUCACAGCAUCUUCUUCUCCUGCUGUUUAGGACACAACCAUCUUUUGUUUGAAAAUUAAAAUGCCUCAUUUUGGAUCGGCGUGUUGUACACGCCUGUAGUCCCAGCACUUUGGAGGGUAAGGCAGGGAGGGUAUCCUGAGGUCAAGGCCAGCCUGGGCUACCCAACAAGGCCCUGUCUCAAAAAGAAAAAAAAAUAAUGUCUUAUUUUCUUAGGUUUUAGAAAGGGGUCUCUGGUAAGACCCUUGUCAGUUCUUAUCAGUUUAGAAGUACACAGAAAAAUCUAAGCUCUGAUAAUACUGGGGGGAAAAAGGAUUCUUUUCUUUCUUUUUAAAAAUAAACUUCGGCAACUUGGAAGCAGAAUUAGAAAGAUGAACUUCACUUGGGCCAGACAGGCUGAGCCAAGCUCCCCGGCCUUCGAAGCGAAAGUAGGGUGCUGUUCUCUUCAUACUUAAAUGCCAGCCAGGUGCUGGCUGCAGGCUCGCUCUCCUCAGCGCCCUAUUUGGUGAGGGAACUUUCUUUGGGGGAAAUGCAGGCCUGUACUCUGUCGUGGGCUUGCUUUUUCUGACCAGGUCAUUUUCCUAUCUUCUGGUCGCCCACUGUACCACCAGCCGUAUCUCUGGGUCCCUCUCCACUCCACCAGCAGAGGCCGGGCAGUCCUAUUCUUUUUCUUCUGAAUUAUGUCCCAGAACAUAAAGCCAGUGCCAGCCCCAGCCCUUCCUGCUCCCUCUCCAGAGACCCGGUAGCUCCCAAUUUACAGGCAAAAGAGGGGAGGCCCAGAAGGACCAAUGGCCUGUAGCUCCCCGGCAGGCGGUUCUGGUGGUCCUGAGAUGAGUCAGGUCCCACAGGCUCGAGGCCACUCUCGCGUCAUGGGGAAGGGGACACUGGGGCAGGAGCCCACCCUGAGCGCACACACUCCUCCCAUUUUUCAGAAGUGAACAUGUCAUGUUUAGGUGCCGCAUGUGAAUCUGGGUGGGGAGAGCCGGAGCCCCUCGCAUGGACAGUUUGACAGAGGUUGUGGGAACUAAGGUCUAAUUCCUGGAAACUCAUCUGUCACUUCCAAAGAACCAUGGGCCUUUUUGAGUAAAUAAAAAAAAAUAAUAAAAUAAAAUAUACUUUUCA